GGGUCAGCCCGCAAGAUGGCGGCGGCAGUGACCUUCCUCCGGCUGCUGCGCCGUGGCGGAGGGGCGGCGCUGAGCCUGCCCGGGGGCACCAGGUGCUUCGGGGUGCGGACCUCGCCGACCGGGGAGAAGGUCACGCACACCGGCCAGGUUUACGAUGAGCAAGACUAUAGGAGGAUUCGGUUUGUGGGGCGUCAGAAGGAGGUGAACGAGAACUUCGCCAUUGAUCUGAUAGCAGAGCAGCCCGUGAGUGAAGUGGAGAGCCGCGUGAUAGCCUGCGAUGGCGGCGGGGGGGCUCUCGGCCACCCCAGAGUGUACAUCAACCUGGACAAAGAAACAAAAACCGGGACAUGUGGCUAUUGUGGACUCCAGUUCAAGCAGCACCAUCACUGAGCGAUCGUGCACAGUCCUGGGAGGUGGUGCGUGUGAGCGUUUCCCUGGUAAAUAAAACAGGUGAAGACCCUGGUGCUGUGCACCGGGCGUUCCUAGUGCUGAAUAAAGGGCGUUGUUAUCAGG